GUUAUCGAAAUUUACAGCUGUGAAUUUAAUCGUCAGAUGGAUUGACGAUGAAGUUUUAUAGAAUAAUAAGGGCUGUAAAGUUAUACGAAGUGACGUUUCUACAAAAUAUACAUAAUCAUCCAUUCUAAACUAAUCUACGUUUUAUUUGGAACUGAUCAUUAUUCAAAAUUAUAAUGGCUAGUCUAUCAAAAAGAAGAAACGAGAUAUCAAAACAAUUCCAACAGGAAGCAUGGAAACCAAAUGCCAAUGUACUGAGGUAUCAUAGUGCUAAUAUAAAUGAUGAUGAUGUGUAUCAGAUGUUAAUUGAAAAUGAAGAUUUGUCACAAGAAGAAAUGAAACAAACUUUACGUGCAACAUUGCAAACUCUUACUAUGAAGAGAAGAAUAAUUCAUCGAUUGCAUAGUUGUCAGCAUUGGGAGAAAAAAACUGAGAAAGUUUCUACAACUUCUUCCAUGAAACAAAAUUUUUCAAUGAAUAUGAAAGAACUUAAAUGUGAUAUUCGUGAUGUCUUAUCUUUAUUUGACAUUUGGCAUACCCAUUUGAAAGUAAUUCAAGGUCAUUUUGGUACAGGAGUAGCAUCAUAUUUUUAUUUUCUACGGUGGUUGUUUCUUUUAAACUUGGCAUUUUUUCUAUUUCCAUUAUGUUUUAUAAUUGUUCCUCAAGCUAUCCAUCCAGUACAAAAUUCAUUUAAUCAGUCUAAUUAUACUUAUGAUAAGGUAAGCUUUUUUUUUCUUAAAUAUACUGAUAUCUCGCAAGCAAGCAAUAUAGGUUGGAUGAAAAUGGCAUCUCUAUCAGAUUAUCCACUACAGAGAAAUAGAGAUGUGGAUGUUUUAUUUGAUACGUUAAUGUAUUACGGAUAUUACUGGAAUGGAACAAUUGGUGCAAUAUCAUACAGUAUGCCAGAAGCAUAUAUUUUCAGCAUGACAUUUUAUUUUAUUUUCUGGCUCAUAGCUUCAGCUUAUAGUCUUGCUCAUGCAUAUCAAAAUAGUUUUGUAGAAAUGUUUGGAAGAUCUAGAAAUUUAUAUUCAAAUAAAAUAUUUUGUGGAUGGAAUUUUACUUUAGAAACUGCAGAAGCUGCAAGAUUAAAAUCUAGAAGUAUCUAUAACAAUUUAUUAGAAGAAUUAAGUCACCAUAGAAGAGGAAGCAAAAUUGUUGUAAUUGAAAAUCCCUUCAUGUAUAUUUUCAGACUUAUAUUUAUAAAUACAGUUGUAAUAGCUACAAUGUGUUCUUUGGGAUAUUUAAUUUAUUACUUACUUGAAAUAAAAGCAUUAAAAACAAACAUUCAAUUUUUAGCGGAAAUGGCAAUAUCAUUAACAAUUACAACCAUAAUUUUUGUUGUACCAAUGUUUUAUAUUUUUCUUUCCAAAUAUGAAAUGAAAGAUAAGUUAGUUCAACUUUAUCUCACUUUGUUCAGGAUUGUAACCCUGGAAAUAAUUAUAUUAGGAAUGGUUGUAUACUUUUGGUUUUUCUCAUCUAAUAAGAAUGAUAAUCCUUUUUGCUGGGAGACAAUGCUAGGUCAAGAAAUUGUUCGACUUUUGAUAGUUGAUUUCGCAUUUAUUCUGAUAUUCCAAGUUCUCAUUGGAGAAGUAUUUAGACAUUUUUUACAUAAACAUUUCCCUAAAUUAGUUUCAAAUUUAGAAUUUCCUAUUGCUUGGAAUACUCUCAGUUUGAUAUAUACCCAAACUCUAACUUGGAUAGGUACCUUUUACAGUCCACUGCUCCCUCUAGUCACAAUAAUCAAAUUGUUUCUAAUAUUUUAUGUGAAAAGAUACAGUGUGUUAUUUAACUGCAAGCCAUCAGCCAAACCUUGGUAUGCUGCUAAUGUUCACACAGUUUUUAUAGGACUCACAUUUGGGAAUUUUAUUUUGGCUCUUAUUGCUGUUACUUACACGGUGUUCAAUAUGACUCCAUCUUCAUUGUGUGGACCUUUUAGACAUUUUGAAACAAGAUAUGAGAGUAUCCUGCAAAUUAUUAGUAGUUUAGGAAGUAAAAGUACAUUUGGGAAUUUAAUUGCAAUCCUUCUUUCUCCAGGACUUGUUUCUGUUAUUUUACUUUUGUUCUGUGUUCUAGUAUAUUAUGUAAGAGUUAAAGCAAAAGCGCACAAAGAUAUGGUAUCACUGUUAAAAGAACAUUUAAAUGUGGAAAGCAAAGAUAAAGCAUUUCUUCUUAAACUCAUAGAAAAGGCUUCCAAAGAACACAUGCAAGCACACAAAAUUUCCUCAGUUAAACAUGAACAGAAAUUCAGAGAAAAUGUAAAUGAUUUUGAAAUGCAUCCCUAUAAUACUGAAUCAGCACCAAUAGAAGUUAUAAAUCAUUUGUAUCAGGAGAAAUCAUUAAAUCGUAACAGUUUUGUUGACAGUUCUCAUUAUUCAAUGAAAGACAAUCCCAUUUAUAUGGAAUAUGACACAGAAUCCAGUCCUGAUUCCUACUUUAAUAAUUCAAGGCACAGAUUAGUCCAAAAGGGACCUGAUAAAUUUAGGCCUUGAUGCAAUUUUGAAAGUUUUUAUAUAUAGUAUGUAUGUUAUAUACAUAUAUAUAUUAUAUAUUUAAAAGAAUGAAUGUUGUGCAAUUUUGUUUAUAUUGAUGGUUGUGUUAAUAAAUUUAUAUCACUUUUUCCCUUGAAUUAAAAUUUAAAUAAGUAUGAAACUUUUAAACUAAUCCAAAGAAUUAAUUGACUUGUGAAAUAAAUUAGUUAUAUUAUCAUAAUAUUUUCAAAAAUUGAUGUAACAUAAUGUGUAUAAACUAUUCCUUGUUAAUUUUUACUUUCUUUGUUAAUAUAAAUUCUAAUCAGUUUUUUGUAUAAUACAUAUUUUGUUUUUUGUAUAAUACAUAACAGCAUUAAAAACAAAGAAUAUUCUUUGUUUUUAAUGCUGUUGCAUAUUAUUAGAUUGCUG